GUAAAGCAGCAAAUGCAACGCUCCAGAACGGGUGUUGCUAACGACUGGAUCCAGUUAACGGCAUGCUAGCAUGUUUAGCACAGUGCUAGCUGCUAAGAUGACUAGCUCGGCUAGCUUAGCUAACUGGUUAGCUUCAGCAGUGCCGGGGCUUUUUUAAAACUCCGCUUGGAUGUAAUAUUGGUAACGUUACAUGUGCGAAUGGUAGGGUUAUCUUAUGCGGACAAAACGCUCCCCAAAACGGAUACGUCACGUUGUGUUGUAGCACCAGCUAACGUUGUGGCAAGUCCCCAUGGAUGACCUGACCAAAGCCCUCUCGGCCAGCUUCGCUGUGUCGAAGGAGCCCAACAGCACGGCCGCCCCCCACCCUCGGCUGGCCCAGUACAAGAGCAAGUACAGCGUGCUGGAGCAGAGCGAGCGUCGGCGCCGCUUCCUCGACCUGCAGAAAAGUAAAAGGUUAAACUACGUCAACCAUGCGCGGCGUCUGGCUGAUGGGGAUUGGACGGGGGCAGACAGCGAUGGAGAGGAGGACAUGGAGAAGAAGGAGGACGGGGAACGGGAGCAGGACGACCACACGGAGGACGAGGGGAUGGAGAUUGAAAAGAGGAAGCUGCCGAAGCAUUAUGCGAACCAGAUCAUGCUGUCAGAGUGGCUGGUGGAUGUGCCGUCAGAACUGGACACUGAUUGGAUGAUGGUGGUCUGUCCCGUGGGGAAAAGAUCUCUUAUUGUUGCCUCCAAGGGCUCCACUGCUGCCUACACUAAAAGCGGCUACUGUGUGAACCGCUUCCCCUCCCUGCUGCCCGGUGGGAACCGACACAACUCCGCCAUGGGGAAAGACUACACCAUCCUGGACUGCAUUUACAGCGAGGUGGACAGAACGUACUACAUCCUGGACGUCAUGUGCUGGAGAGGCCACCCGGUCUACGACUGCCCGACCGAGUUCCGCUUCUUCUGGCUCCAGUCCAAAGUCCAGGAGACGGACGGCCUAUCGGAAAUCGCCAAGCGAAACCCUUUCCGGUUUGUGAGCCUGCAGAGCACGGACUGCACGGCGGAGCUGAUUCAGAACGCGCUGGCUGCAGAGUACGGCUUCAGCGUGGACGGCCUGCUCUUCUACCACCGGCAGACCCACUACACCCCCGGCAGCACCCCCCUGGUGGGCUGGCUGCGCCCCUACAUGGUCACCGACAUCCUGGGCAUAGAGGUCCCCGCGGGACCCCUCACCGCCAGGCCCGAGUACGCCGCCCAGCAGCUGCAGCAGAUCCUGGAGCACAAGAAGCCGUCGAGUGAAGUGCGCCCGGCCAACAGCAGCGGAGGCUACGAGCUGGAGUACCUGUCCACGCCGAGCCAGGACGGCGGGGACACUGUGAACUUCUUGAGCCAGAAGCCGAUAAGGGAAGCCACCAUGGAGGUCUGAGUGGGCGGCGGAACGAGAUGCAGGUUGCGACACAUGCGCCUCCUUUAGAAUUUUUUCUUUUUUCCCCCCGAUCUGACCAUAUGUAAAGCCUGGCUAGUUCUAAUCCGGCACUGAUCGGGACGCCCUCGGGGUGCCGAUUAGCAGAGCUCUGCCUUUACAUUUGUUUUUUAAAACUCCAUGCCGUUGACAUGACUGUGAAACAGGUCGGUGUCUAUUAUCGCGCAGUAUUCAGCCCCAAACAAACCACCAAAAAUAAUAGCGGAAUCGCAUUGUGGAGCGGCAGCCAAUGAGGGCCGCGUGUUUUAUGAGGGGAGGGGUCGCUGACUGGGCCUCUUCUGCAAGCUUUGAUCAAUGCAGAAUGGAAGCAGUUACUUGGACUUUUACAAUUGAAUGUUGAAUUUGAUUAUUGCUUUUCUAAAUAAA